GUGCUUGGUUGGAUCUCGUCAGUGUUUAUUCAUUCGCGGCAAACGUUGAAGCAAUAAUUGCGACCAUGUGGGUUUAUCUCACUGUUUUGGCCCUGACUUUGGCAGUGCUAUGGGUGCGUAAGCGUUACUCAUACUGGAAGGAGCGUGGCAUUCCGUAUUCGAAACCAAGUUUCCCGGCCGGCAACAUUCGUGGAAUGGGACGGACGGAGCAUAUUUCGGCACAGAUGCAGCGUUGUUACAAGGAACUAAAGGGAAAAUCACCAAUCGGGGGAAUCUUCUUCUUCAUAAAUCCUGUUGCGCUGAUAAUGGACUUGGAUUUGAUAAAAAAUGUGUUAGUGAAAGAUUUCCAACAUUUCCAUGAUCGAUCGGUUUACUCAAAUGAGAAGGACGAUCCUUUGUCGGCUCACCUCUUCGCUAUGGAGGGCACUAAGUGGAAAAAUUUAAGAGCCAAGCUGACGCCAACGUUUACUUCAGGAAAAAUGAAGAUGAUGUACCCCACUAUUAUUGGAGUUGCCGAAGAAUUUCUGAAAUUGAUUAGGACUGAAUCGUCCAAAAAUACUGAAAUCGAGAUGAAGGAGAUUCUUGCUCGGUUUACCACUGAUGUAAUCGGAAAUUGCGCAUUUGGAUUGGAAUGCAACAGUUUGCAUGAUCCGGAAGCUGAGUUCAGACGUAUGGGGCGGAAAAUAUUUUCAUUCGCUAAUGGUCGGUUGCUCAAAAUUGUAAUCGCACAACAGUUCCGUUCGGUAGCUCGGUCUCUUCGAAUAACUGUCACUGAUAAAGAAGUAUCUGACUUUUUCAUGGGUGCUGUUAAAGAUACGGUCAAGUAUCGGGAAGAGAGCAAAAUUGAAAGGAAUGAUUUUAUGAGCCUACUGCUAAAACUCAAAAAUGCUGAAUCUUUGGAAGAUGGCAAUGCUCACAACAUUGACCCUUUAACGGUUGAAGAACUCGCAGCACAAGCCUUUGUGUUCUUCUUGGCUGGCUUCGAAACGUCAUCGACAGCAAUGUCGUACUGCUUGUACGAAUUGGCUCAAAACACCGACCUUCAAAACAAGGCGCGCAAAUGCGUUUUGGAUUCUAUCAAAAAGCACGGAUCAAUGACAUAUGAGGCGAUUCAGGAUAUGCAUUAUAUCGAUCAGUGCAUCAACGAGUCUCUUCGUAAAUACCCUCCUGCUUCCAUCCUUACAAGAACCGUUUCCAAGGAUUACAGACUCCCUAACAGUGACGUUGUUCUGCAGCAAGGCUCCACGAUUGUUAUUCCAGUAUACGCCAUUCACCACGACCCCGAAUACUAUCCUGAUCCGGAACGGUAUGAUCCGGAUCGCUUCACGCCGGACCAGGUGGCCAAACGAAAUCCGUUCACUUUCUUGCCGUUCGGUGAAGGUCCACGUAUAUGCAUCGGCAUGCGAUUCGGGAUGAUGCAAGCUCGAGUUGGUUUGGCGUAUUUGAUGAAGGAUUUCAGGUUCACGUUGUCUAGCAAGACGCCGGUUCCGUUGAAAAUUUCCCCUCGCAAUCCAGUUCUGACAUCGGAAGGUGGACUGUGGUUGGAAGUGGAGAAGCUGUAAAGGCGAUGACAUAAGGUUGUGUCAUAAGGCUGAGUGCUGAGUGAAUAUAAUUACUGUUUACAGCUCAACGUGAGAAAAAGAUCAGUGUGUGUGGUUCGAAUAUUACAGGUUAUAAAAUAACUUCUAUCGUAGCUUAUGGGCAUGUGUUGUAAUUUAAUCAUCGCUGUUGAUGAUUAAGGAAAUGGAAUAUGAACAAAACCCCCAUUUUCGCAUGAUGCACUAGAGAGACUAGAUUAUAAUUACAAUACCUUAUUACCUCAGUAAUACGUUUGUUUGUGCUUCUGAACAAAUCAAUUCGCUAGGCGAGGUUUUUUUUUAAUUUUUUUAGCACAAUAAGUGAAAUGCAUUUGUUGUUCGAUAUUGUAAAUAUUGCCUUAUUGUUAAAUUCAUUUGAAAGGGUCUUGAUGGGUUUUUGAUGUUUCUGAUUUAUGAUUCAGCGCAGACUAAGUCUGCUUUUAUCUUCUUUGAGAAAAUACUCCCAUACCUGAAUUGCGCUCUCGUUCAAUACCACCUUCGGAAGCUGUUCUGGUAUUGAUCAAGCUAUUAUUAAACUGAUAAGUCGUUAGAACACUUGUAAGCAAAACAUACGUUCACCAUAAAUUGAUGGGUUCAGUAUCGUACCUUUAAUCUGCAAUAAAGUUAA